AUGGCUGAAGACUCAUAUUCAAUUGAUAAAUUACUUUCUCUUUUCAUUGAGAAGCCAGAGCCAACAUGGAUGUGUACAAGUAACUUAACUCUCAAAGAAUUAAGAUAUCCAUUUCAAGAAUUCAAGUUUUCAAAACCGAUAUGCGCUGAUAAUCCUAGAUCCAACCCUAUAGAAAAAGACAAGAAGAAUAAGCGCAAAAUUAAUCAAAAACAACCAGAAAAAUCCGAUACAAUUCAAAUUGGAGAUCUCCAACUUUCAGCCAAUAAAAAUACCCACGAAAUCAGUUUCAGUGAUUUCACAAACUCAUCAAAGAAUGAGAAUAACAAAAAUAAAAAACUUGAUUCAAAUAAUAAAAACAAAGAAACAAAUAAAGAUCCAAAAAGAAACACAAACAGUCCUCCAGCAUUUAACCCUCAACCUAAUACUACAAAUUCUGCUGGAAAUACUCGGAAUUCAAAUUCCCCACCAACAUUUGAUCCAAAACCAAAGAAUACAUUUAACCCAAGGCCAAAAUCAAACGAUAUGAUCGAUACUCCUCCUGGAUUUGGCUUUAAUCCUAAUUCUCCCCCUGGAUUCGAAAAAAUCCCAGAUGCUCCACCCGGAUUUGAUAGAAUCAUUGAUGCUCCACCAGGAUUCGAUAGAAUCAUUGAUGCACCUCCAGGAUUUGACAAAAUCAUUGAUGCUCCCCCUGGAUUUGAUAAAGUUAUUGAUUCUCCACCAGGUUUCGAACCAGUUCUCAGUUCACCACCUGGAUUUGAAAAUACAAAAUCGAAUUCUUCUGGUUCUGAGCCAAUUUUAAGCGAUCCUCCUGGUUUUGGAAAAGUUAUCGACGCUCCACCAGGAUUUGAAUCAGUUAUAAACACACCAGCUUCUAAAGAAAGCAAACAAUCAGAACCACCUGGUUUUAAACCAGUUGAUUCAACAAAAUCCAAUAAUUCAACUUCGAAUACAAAAAUCGAACAAAAUAAAGACCAACAACCACAAAAACAACCAGAAAAUAAUACAGCACAGCCAACAAAUACAUACCAGCCUAAUCAAGGCCGUCAGAAACGAACAGGAAGUCAAAAUUCGAAAUUUGCUGAAUACAGACCAGGAUCUCAGACAACAGAACAAACAAAUAAUAACAACAAUAAUUCUAAGUUCGCUGUCUGGACACCUGCAAAGCAAGAAACUACUCCUGCUCCAAAAUCCGCUCCAUUAAAUCCGGAACCAAAGCUUACAGAGCCAGUUUUCACUCCGAAACCAGCUCCUAAACCACCACAGCCACAGCAAUUCCAGCCAAAUCCUCAACAAAACCAACAAUCCCAAGAAAUUCCACAAGUUCAACAAUUCCAGCCAAUGCCUUCAUUCCAACCGCAGCCAUUACAAAUGCAAGAACAAUAUCAACAAACUCAGUUCCAACAACCUCUACAACCCCAAAUUUACCAAAAUCCCUACCAAAAACCGAAGAUGCAGCCACAACAGCCAGUUCCAUUAUUUAUGCCCAAUCCGCAUCUCCAAUACGAUCCAAAUCCUCAAGAAAUUGCAACUCCUCAGUUCAAUUUCGAUCAAUCUCAGCAACCAAUGCCAAUUUUCAACUUUGCCCAGCCACCUUCAAUGGCCGACCAGUUCUAUAUGCAGAAUGCCUUCCUCCCAUCCUAUUUCCCGAUGAUGGGACGGGCUCCAUAUCCACAAUUUACUCCACAGUUGCCGCAGUUCGCCCAAAUGCCUUUCGGAAUUCAGCGACCUCCAUCGACCGAUGAUUUCUCUCAACAGAACCCUCGGGUUCCAUUAAUUCAGCAAAAUCCGUACCAACCUCAACAGUUCCAGCCACAACCACAACCGCAGCCACAAAUGACCAACACAAAUUACGAUGUUGUCGGUUUCGAAUCGGUAAUUCCUCAAAAUACCAAAACCGAAAUCCAAAAACCAGCUCCAAAGCCAGAAGAGAAGAAAUCAGAACCAUUAUCAUCUACUAAAACGAAAUUGGCAUUUAUGCCCGAUCCAAGUUCCAGUUCUGAUUCAGAUUCUGACGGAGAUAUUCUUAUUGUCAACCAAGACAACGGAUGGUCCAAGAAAGAGACGAAAUUAACACCGAAACCCAACUUUGAGUCACUCCUCAACAACGAAGAGAAGAAAUCCAAGCAAAGAGAACAAUUUAAACCAGUUCAGAGAAAAAGUGAACCAGAAAACACUGAAAACGAGUCCAAACCAUUCAGAAGGUCAGCACCAUCGAGAAAAGUAUCACACGCUCCAAAACCCCAAGCAAUUGCCGUUGAACAAAUCAUGACUGACACAAUUCAUACAAACGAUAUCGUUCCAAAGCUGGAAUUCAUCAACGGAGACAAGGGAAAUACAUCAAUACCUCAGCCAGCUGACGUAGCUUUCCCAAAGCCUCAAAUUAGGCAAAUGGGAUUCCAAAUGGCUCCAGAUUCGUUUAAUGGACCUCACGAACAAACAAAUACAACAAGAAGACGUAACAGAAAUAAAAAAUAA